AUCAUCCAUCGUCUGCUGAUCUUGAAGUUUAUUUCAAGCAAAACGCCCAAAUUUAAUAUUACUAAACAAAAUCAAGAAUAUUUCCCACUUUUUACCUGACAGUAUUAGACACUUGUAGCGCAGUGAUUUUGUCACUAGCGUUUUGGAUUUUUAGAUCUUGCUUCAAUGAAACCGCGUUUAUACAGUUGAUGAUUCGAGGAAACUCUUGAAGUCGUCAAAUACAAGGGGAAAAGGUAAGAUGUCAUCUGUUGAUUUUGUGGUCGAGAUGCUUAAAUCUAGUAAUAACUCUUCUAGAUUCAUCUGGGGUUUUUCUCCUGUUGCUUUGAUUGUACUGAGAUAGAUUAAUUGCACCGAAGGUGUUUGAUGAUUUGUCUCUGAGAAUGUAUUUUGCGUUCAAGACUUAAAGUGAUGAACUUGAGACCUAGAGAGUUCAACAUUUUGGGAUUUGAGCGGAUUUAUGUAUGAGAAAUUUGUUGAUUACAGAGAUUAGAUUGUCUAUUGUUGCUUGCUUUCGUGUUGUAUUUGAUUUUGAUAUUAUGAAUGGCAAGCUUAUCACCGUCGCCAAACUCUCCACCAGUCACCGUUACUCCAUUGCCGCCGCCAGCACCUAACUCUAGUCCACCUUCUACUUCAUCCCCACCGUCUCAAUCGCCUCCUCCUACACCAACCACCCAAUCUCCACCCCCUUCAACGUCAUCCCCUCCUCCAUCAUCACCACCGCCGACAUCACCUCCUCCGCCAGUUAUUUCCCCACCUCCAUCAACACCGCCGACCAUGUCUGCUCCUCCACCUGUUUCAACCAGUCCACCGCCCAAUCCUCCACCGCCAUCCUCACCUACUCCACCGACCAAUUCUUCACCUCCACCUGCCUCUCCUCCACCUCCGGCAGCCUCUCCUCCACCUCCAGCAACCUCUCCGCCACCAACCAAUCCUCCACCUUCAACAACUUCUCCUCCACCGACCAAUCCUCCACCUUCAACAACCUCUCCUCCACCUCCAGCAACCUCUCCUCCACCGACCAAUCCUCCACCUUCAACAACCUCUCCUCCACCUUCAAGAACCUCUCCUCCACCUCCAGCAACCUCUCCUCCACUGACCAAUCCACCACCUUCAACAACCUCUCCUCCACCGACCAGGUCUCCACCUCCAUCAUCACCUAAUCCCCCGUCUAGGUCACCCCCACCACCACGUACACCUUCCACUAGAUCCCCACCCUCACUCUCACCCCCACCACCAACUACUUCACCUCCGUUGCCAUCUUCUACUCCACCACCAAGGUCACCUCCACCAUCAUCUUCCAGUCAACCACCACCAGAAUCCUCAUCCCCACCACCAACAACUACACGUCCACCACCACGUACUCCCCCAUCCUCUGAACCUCCUACAAAUUCACCACCACCACCACCAGUAACAACCACCCCCCGUCCUGCCACCCCCUCACCACCACCACUAAACACACCCUCCCCUCCUCCUUCACCACCAUCACCUUCAACAAUCCUCCCCUCCCCUCCAGGAACCCCAAGCAACAACGAUUCAAGUCCCAACACCCCAUCCAACAAUGGAGGCAUUAGCACCGGGGGUAUAAUUGGUAUUUCAGCAGUUCUAGCCCUUGUCCUCCUCACAGUCAUCAUAACAGUCUCAUGCUGUAUUAUCAAACGAAAGAAAAAAAUUUCCACACGCAAUGAACUCUACAAUCUCCCAACCUCAAUGACCAAUUCACCUAAGUCAGAUUCAGGUCUACUAAAGAUCCACACAUCAGAAAACGGAAACCAAUCUGCAAACCAAUUCAUAUACACUCCACCAGACACAGGUGGAUUAACAAACUCAAGACCAAAGUUGACAUACCAAGAUCUUUUCAAUGCAACAAAUGGAUUUUCAAUUGAGAAUCUUUUAGGGUCAGGUGGAUUUGGUUAUGUAUACAAAGGGUGUUUGGUUGAUGGGACUGAAGUAGCAGUUAAGGAGUUAAAAAUUGGAGGUGGACAAGGGGAACGUGAGUUCACUGCUGAGGUGGAAAUUAUUGGUCGAAUACAUCAUCGUUAUUUAGUCUCACUUGUUGGAUAUUGUGUCUCUGAAAACAACAGAUUGCUUGUUUACGAAUAUGUCCCUAACAACACACUUUACUUCCAUCUUCAUGGGUCAGAGGUGGUUUUGGAUUGGUCAACUCGUGUGAAGGUUGCAUCUGGUGCAGCAAGGGGUAUUGCUUACCUGCAUGAAGAUUGUCAUCCACGAAUUAUUCAUCGAGACAUCAAAUCAUCAAAUAUUCUACUAGAUAAAAACUUCGAAGCUAGGGUUUCUGAUUUUGGGCUAGCGAAAUUAGCUGCAGAUUUAGGUACUCAUAUAACAACACGCGUUAUGGGAACUUUUGGAUACAUGGCGCCAGAAUACGCAUCAAGUGGGAAAUUAACCGAGAAAUCUGACGUGUAUUCUUUCGGGGUUGUUCUCUUGGAGCUAAUCACAGGGCGAAAACCCGUAGAUGCAUCUCAACCUUUAGGAGAUGAAAGUCUCGUUGAAUGGGCUAGACCUUUGCUUAGUCAUGCACUUGAAACCGAAGACUUUGAAGUAUUAGUAGACCCAAAGCUUGGAACAAACUAUGUUGCAAAAGAGAUGUUUCACAUGAUUGAAGCUGCAGCUGCAUGUGUACGACACUCUGCUGCAAAAAGACCUCGCAUGGGACAAAUAGUGAGAGCAUUCGAGAGCAUGGAGACUGAAGAUCUAAGCAACGGAAUGCGAGUUGGAGAAAGUGAAAUAUUUAACUCUGCACAACAAUCCGCAGAGAUAAGACUUUUUAACAGAAUGGCAUUUGGAAGUCAAAAUUACAGCACAGAUUUUUUUACUCAAGGUAGUGUUGGCCCUAAUGGUAGUAACGAAAGGUAAAAAGUAAAAACUGAGACUUUUUUUUAUACUUUUCAAUUUUCACCAGCCAUGGUUAGGGUUCUGUAUGUAGGCUCCAUAGUCAGAUAGUGUAUAGUAUGCUUAUUUAUUUCUUUUUAAAGCUGCACAUUCUUGAGUCCUGUAAGUAAACAUGUGUAGGGUUACUUUACCCUGAUCCCAUUCUUUUGGUUAAUUUAUUAUAAGUGCAGUUUUUUUUUUAA